GUGGACGACGAAGAUAGAGAAAACGAGGGUGAUCUGAUAAUGGCAGCAUCAAUGGCAACUCCUGAGGCCAUGGCCUUUAUUGUCAAGCAUGGAACUGGAAUUGUUUGUGUGAGCAUGAAAGCUGAAGACUUGGAGAGGUUGGAGCUACCCUUAAUGGUAACACAGAAGGAGAAUGAGGAAAAACUUUGUACAGCUUUUACUGUAUCAGUGGAUGCAAAGCAUGGUACAGCAACAGGUGUCUCUGCUCGUGAUAGGGCUACAACAAUAAUUGCUUUGGCAUCUAAAGACUCAAAACCUGAAGAUUUCAACCGCCCGGGUCAUAUCUUUCCCCUGAAAUACAGGGAGGGAGGGGUGCUGAAAAGAGCUGGGCACACGGAAGCUUCAGUUGAUCUAUCUGUAUUAGCCGGUUUAGAACCUGCAGCAGUUUUAUGUGAGAUUGUGGAUGAUGAUGGCUCGAUGGCUAGGUUGCCAAAGCUUCGUGAGUUUGCACAGGCUGAAAAAUUGAAGAUUAUUUCUAUCGCUGAUCUAAUCAGAUAUAGAAGGAAAAGAGAUAGGCUGGUAGAGCUGGCUGCAUGUGCAUUGAUACCUACGAUCUGGGGGCCGUUUAAAGCAUACUGUUAUAGGUCAUUGCUAGAUGGGAUCGAGCACAUUGCGAUGGUUAAGGGUGAAAUCGGUGAUGGACGAGAUAUUCUUGUGAGGGUACAUUCCGAGUGCCUUACCGGCGACAUAUUUGGGUCAGCCAGAUGUGAUUGCGGAAACCAGUUGGCACUAGCAAUGAAGCAAAUCGAGGCUACUGGGCAGGGUGUAUUAGUUUAUCUUCGUGGACAUGAAGGUAAAGGGAUCGGUUUAGGCCACAAGCACCGUGCUUACAACCUCCAAGAUGAUGGACAUGACACGGUUGAGGCCAACGAGGAGCUCGGAUUACCUGUGGGUUCUCGGGAAUAUGGCAUUGGGGCACAAAUACUAAGGGAUCUUGGUGUUCAUACAAUGAGGCUGAUGACAAACAAUCCGGCAAAGUACGUCGGGCUUAAGGGUUACGGUUUGGCCAUCUCCGGCAGGGUACCGUUGUUGACAUCAAUAACUAAAGACAACAGUGGAUACUAG